AUGUUUCAUAGCAAUAACAAUGCAGACUGUCCUGAGAAGAAAGACUCGGACUGCACUGGACAGGCUGUGCUGGCAUCGGAGGAGAAGGUGGAUCGGAACAGCCGCAAAAUAGACUGCAUCAUUUGCUUCUCCAACUAUAAUCUGUCAAACAGACUGCCCCGCAGGUUAUACUGCGGCCACACCUUCUGCCAGGCCUGCAUCCGGCGGCUAGACACCAUCACCAACGAGCAAAGAUGGAUUCCGUGCCCGCAGUGCCGUCAGAACACGCCCACGCCGCGAGGAGGGGUGGCCAUGUUGGAUCUGGAUCUGACGGCCUUUCUGGCAGUGAAGGCUGAGAAGGAGAACACCCGGUCAGUUAGUAAGACCUUGGAGAUGGACUCUGAACUCAAAGUAUUUGGAAAGAAUAUUCCAGUCAGCAGCCAGCCCCCAGGAUCAUGUCAGGACCCUGUCCAGGAUCCCCACUUUCCGAGGAGAAUGUGCUGCAAGAACUGGUUCUGCUGCACCAACUGUGUGUAG